CAAGCGAGAAACAGAAAUAGGAACUAGGAUGGUAUAAGACUUUCUACAAUUUAGAGAAUUUAUAUUCUUAAAUUUAUGAAGACACGUCAGUAGAAGGUCACCGACACAACAAUAUCGACCUAACGCUAGCUAAAGUUUACCAUGUUUGUCACAAGAGGACCCGAAGAUGACGUCCCUGACCUUGAGGAUAUGGACACUUCAGAUUCUCAAUGGUGCUGGUUUUAUCUGGCUGAUUGUGGUGUUUGGCAUAUGUUUGAGGUUGACUCAAGCUCAACGUGCAACAUGACAAGCGAGGAUAUUGAAAAGCACUACAGAAGCAACCAGCAAGGUGUUUUGGAAUUCUCUACAGCCAAAUAUACAUAUCUUUUGGAUUUUUCAGUAAUGAAACAGACAAACACAAAAACUGGAAAACAGCGGCCAAUCAAGCGUGCUCUUUAUUCUGUGACUGCUUUCAGGUUUAUCUGUGAUAAUCUUUCUCUGCCAGUUCCUUCUCAUUGGGAAAUGAUUGAUACAGACCAACCCUAUCAGAUGAUAAGUUUACUUGGAGACACCUAUGAAUACAAAGAGGUAGCCAGACUCUUUGAGAGGACAAUGGCAGCACACAUUAGGGCAAUUAAGAGAAUUCAAAACAUAGACCUAUGGGAAUUUUUUUGCAGAAAAAAGGCCCAGCUGAGGAAGAUAAAACGAGUUCAAGACAUUGAGGAAAGAAUGCUGUUUCAUGGCACCAGCUAUAAUGUUAUACAAGCAAUAUGUACGCACAACUUUGACUGGAGAUUAAGUGGUAGCCAUGGUGAUGUCUAUGGAAAAGGAACAUAUUUCGCAAGAGAUGCUGGGUACUCAAGCAAAUUCUGCCGUAGUGCUGGGAAUCAUUUAACAUCUUUACAAAAGCAUGGCGUUACGCCACCUGUAUUUCAAAGUGAACCUCCCUUUAAGUCAAUGUUUAUCGCUCGUGUGCUUGUUGGGGAUUACACUGUAGGAAAUUCCACCUAUUGUAGGCCACCAUCAAAGGACAAAAGCUUUGUGAACCUAUAUGACAGCUGUGUGGAUGACAUCACUAAUCCGAAGAUUUUUGUGAUCUUUGAUAGCAACCAGGUAUAUCCAGAAUAUUUGAUAGAGUUUUAUUAAAUUAAUUCAUUUUGGA